AUUUGAUGGAACAACCGCAAAAGAACCCGGCCUGGUUUCCCAUGGUUAACCGCACGAGCACCGCAGGGACUCGGGAGUUCAAAGAUGUGGUGAUGCCAGGCGAGCGGCACAGCAGGCGGGAUGUCAUCAAUGUGGCAUGUCAAAUUUCAUUUUCAGUAGUCCCCGCGCGUGCGCACACACCAGGAAAGGGGCUCUUUUCCAAAUCUGGUAUGUUCUCGCACGUGGGGAAAAUGAUGCGAUCGUCCCGCAGACAUGUUAAACGCUCGUGAUCUGGCCAGAUCCUGGAGACAUUGCGCCUUUGGAUCUCGCAACAAGAUUCGGAACGUUUUGACAACGUUUUGGCGGGCGAUGCUGCGUCCGAGAUUCCAGCCCCGAAAGCGCUCCGAUGCACAUACCACCGCGCUCAACAGUGAGUAAACAUACCAUAAAGGCCAUACUAUCCAUAGCGCAUUAGCCUGGAUUAUGCCUUGCGGCUGUUGCACCCUCCGUAGACGAUAUAAAUCUGCUUGGCCCGAUCGCUCGGUAGAUGUUUACACAAUCGCGAAUCCACAUUCAUGCCGCCCCGGAAUGCAAGCUGCGUGCGCCGCUGGUGACUGCAAUGGUCGGCUCAUCUUGGGAGCACCCGGUGCCAUGACUUUGGCGCGUUCACCUUACCCGAAGCGCGUCCCUCGUGCUGUAUGCCCUACGGCGGUGGCGACCCCUGUUGCGAUGUAUCCUACCUAGAGCGCUUUUGGACCUGUUUAUCCGCCAUUGUAGACCCGGAAUACUCGGACUAUGAUCCAUCCGCGAGAUAGCACAGCAUUCCUCGCCGUCGGUUACAGGGGUUAUUCACUUCCGGAUUUGCCGACCGCCAAAUGUGACGAUCUGGACUUGGUGAUGUACGCCCGCAGGAGAUAUGUAUUAAAUCGCAGAUUUUGGAGACCUAUGUUGGUUUUCGAGAAAACGCUGGUGUGCCUCUAGCCACCCUGAACAUCCGAGAGCCAUCCUGUUGGGCCGCCUAGAGGGUGGGGUAGUAGUGACAGGACCACGGGGAGGUCAUCAUCGUCAUGAGAAGUGAUGGUUGUAUCGCCGAUACCUCAUUUUCCAUGCUAUGUAUGGUGGAAAAAGCGGUCGAUCGAACAAUAGUGUGGAGUGGUCUGGUGCACAUCCUCAAGCUCAAACCCCACGAAACUCGCGGAUCGUACAGCGGAAAGGUGAGCGCCUCUUACCAGUCGACGUCACUUUACCUCGAUACUCGUGGCACUGGGAAGUACAAAGCUCUGGUCGCCUGCCUUCAAUUGCCGCCAGCUUGUGGAUGAGGCUUACUCAUGAAGCGUUGCGUUCCUUGGGACCGUACGAGACACAGUGUCUUCACAGUACCAAUGCCGAAUUAUAAGGAGUGCCGCCAGACCAUCUAUAGGUCUCCGGCGAGUUCCCCAACGAAUCAGAUCGGAAUGUCGAGGCAAGCUUUGUGGCAGACGAAGCUUGGCCAGCCCUCGUCCUGUGAUAUGCGGGUUAGCCUAGGAGAUGGGAUAGACUGAUAAUCGCCAGAUAGUAAGUAAACGGGCCCUCCCUGAUGCAUGAAUUGUCCGCCGAGAUCGCCGAAUGACCCAUAUGUGAUGAUGCGCGAUAGUCUCAGUCCAACAUCAGUGGGGAUGCCUGUGCGAUCCAGUGCAUCUCAGCCGACUGGAUACUUGCGCCGUCGCUCGCAAUAUGACCAAUUCCCGACUGUAAAACUCAAGGAGAUGACUUCGAGCGCAAGAGAUGCAGCCCAAAAGCAGCAUGAGUACGGCGACGUUGGCGGACACAGUGCCUGAUCUAAAUCCAAUCAUCAGAUGUAGAGUGGCCGCAAGCGACAGUCAUCUCGUCAUCGAAGCUUCACCUCUGUGUGAGAAAAGCGAGCGUAUAAAGCUCUACAGGUACGCAUCGGCGGCGGCGUCGCCCGCAGACAUACCAGAUAAGAAAGAAGCGCCUUGAUCCAACCUUGAUCGCCAUCAUUUGACUCCUGCCCAUC